AGCCUGCGGUCUGCGUGUCUUCUGCCCCGUCGUCUGUGUGUCCCGUCGCGUGUCGCCGAGAACACCCGUCUCUCAAGUGUCUCAUCGUUUUCCCGGUGAAUUUGACAGCCGCUGAGUAGAGCCCUUCAAAAUGGUGCUGGACAUUGAGCUGUUCCGAGAAGAAAAGGGAGGCGAUCCGAAGAAAAUUCGCCAGCUGCAAGAGAAGCGGUUCAAAAGCGUGAAACUUGUUGACGACGUCGUGGAAAAUGACGCUCUGUGGAGGCAAUAUCGCCAUACUGCUGACAAUCUCAACAAGACAAAAAAUUUAUGCAGUAAGGUCAUUGGAGGCAAAAUGAAGAAAGAGAGCGACGGGAAAAGAGUUAAAAAUCAAUUAAACUAUGAUCUUUCUCUAAUGAAAUUAAAUGACAGUAUCAGUAUUAAUCUUAAAGAUGUUGACUGCCUUGAAAAGAUGAAUGACUAUCUUAUGCAUUAUAGUUACUUUGGUGGUUACUCAGCCACACAGUUGGAUUGUAGGGCCUAUGAUGCCCUUAAAUCUAUUCCGUCAAAUAGUUUUCCCCAUGUCCUUAGGUGGUACAACCACAUCAGUACGUUUGGAGAUCUGAGAAAGAACUUUCCUCAGGCCAAAACUGCCGAUGCUCCAUCUACCAUCCCUGCCUCAGGAAUUGACGUUUUCACUGUUACCCAAGAACAACUUGAACAGCUCUCUGUUGCUGACAUUAAGGAUGUUCGUGUCCGUGUUGAUGAGGCAAUGAAAGAGAAUGAUGAAAAUAUGUUAAAAGCUGAGGCCAAUCGCAACAAAUCUCUGCGAGAAAUUGGAAAUCAGCUUCAUGAAUCUGUACCUAUCAGCAAUGAUGAGGAUGAAAAUGCUGUUGUGAGGACAGCAGGUGAUGUAACUAUCCGCAAAAAAUACUCUCACUAUGAUUUAGUUUAUAUGAUUGAUGGAUUAGAGUCCGAAAAAGGAGCUGUUGUGGGUGGAGGACGUGGAUACUUCUUGAAGGGUCCUUGCGUCUUUAUGCAAUAUGCGCUGAUCCAGUGUGCUUUGCAACGUUGGCACACUCGAGGCUAUCAGCCUUUGUUCCCCCCUUACUUCAUGCGCAAAGAAGUGAUGCAGGAGGUUGCUCAACUGUCGCAAUUCGAUGAAGAGCUUUACAAAGUGGGUGGUAAAAACGCUGGUGAGGAACUUGCUGCAGAGGAGAAAUACCUGAUUGCCACAUCUGAACAACCUAUUGCUGCUUACCACAGAGAUGAGUGGAUCCCAGAGGCUUCCUUGCCCAUUAGAUAUGUUGGAAUUUCCACUUGUUUCCGGCAGGAAGCUGGAUCACAUGGAAGGGAUACCAGAGGAAUCUUCCGUGUCCACCAAUUUGAAAAGGUGGAACAAUUUGUUCUAACUUCUCCUUUUGACAAUGCUUCAUGGGAGAUGAUGGAUGAAAUGAUAACCAUGUCUCAAGAGUUCUAUGAUGAGUUGGGUAUCGCAUACAGAGUUGUCAAUAUUGUAUCAGGAGCCUUGAACAAUGCUGCAGCAAAGAAACUGGACCUGGAGGCUUGGUUCCCUGGAUCAGGAGCUUUCCGUGAAUUGGUUUCAUGCAGUAACUGCUUGGAUUAUCAGUCUCGCCGGCUGCAAAUUCGCUAUGGUCAGACUAAAAAGAUGAAUGCCCAGACAAACUAUGUACACAUGCUGAAUGCCACAGCUUGUGCUGUUACACGAGUUAUUUGUGCUAUCAUGGAAACAUACCAAACUGAUUCUGGCAUCACUGUUCCGGAGAUGUUGAGACCGUUCAUGCCUGAGGCAUACCGGGAGUUCAUACCUUUUGUGAAGACAGCUCCCAUUGAUGAAGAAGAAAGCAAGAAACAGAAAAAGCAGAAGGAAGGUUCUAAGAAAGCUCAGUAAAAGGGAAGGGGCUUCUGUUCUUUAAGCAACUGAAUUAAUUUUUCAAUAUUUCUUAAAAUAUUUUAUUUAAUAAAUAUUUAUAAAUGCUGUGA